AUGGGGGACAAGUCUGAAGUCUUGGAAGCAGUGCUGAAGGAAGCUGUGGAUUUGGAAAACAUACCCAUCGAGGAAGUUUUGGAGAAUCUGAGAUGUAGCAGGGAGGGUCUGACAACUGAAGCUGCUGAGGAGAGGCUCAACAUCUUUGGGCACAACAAGCUUGAGGAGAAGAAGGAGAGCAAAUUCUUGAAGUUCUUGGGGUUUAUGUGGAACCCUCUCUCAUGGGUCAUGGAGGCUGCUGCUAUAAUGGCCAUUGCUCUAGCUAAUGGAGGAGGAAAGCCCCCUGAUUGGCAAGACUUUGUUGGUAUUAUCACGCUGCUUCUCAUCAACUCCACCAUUAGCUUUAUUGAGGAAAACAAUGCGGGUAAUGCCGCAGCUGCUCUCAUGGCCCGUCUCGCUCCUAAAGCCAAGGUUCUUCGUGAUGGGAGGUGGAAUGAGCAAGAUGCUGCUAUUCUGGUUCCUGGUGAUAUAAUAAGUAUCAAACUUGGUGAUAUUAUUCCCGCUGAUGCUCGUCUUCUCGAUGGAGAUCCACUGAAAAUUGACCAGUCUGCUCUUACUGGUGAGUCUCUCCCCGUUACCAAAGGCCCUGGAGAUGGUGUUUACUCAGGUUCGACCUGUAAACAAGGAGAAAUCGAAGCGGUUGUUAUUGCCACUGGAGUCCAUACUUUCUUUGGGAAGGCUGCGCACCUUGUUGAUACCACCAACCAAGUGGGCCACUUCCAGAAGGUCUUGACAGCGAUUGGGAACUUCUGCAUAUGUUCUAUUGCUGUGGGAAUGGUAAUAGAGAUUAUAGUGAUGUACCCGAUCCAAGACAGGGAGUAUCGUCCUGGAAUUGAUAACCUUCUUGUGCUGCUCAUUGGAGGAAUCCCGAUUGCCAUGCCCACGGUCUUGUCGGUCACGAUGGCUAUUGGCUCACACAGAUUGGCUCAGCAGGGAGCUAUCACAAAGAGAAUGACUGCUAUUGAAGAGAUGGCAGGCAUGGAUGUUCUUUGCAGCGACAAGACUGGGACACUUACCCUGAAUAAGCUGACUGUUGACAAGAAUCUGAUUGAGGUUUUCGCCAAAGGAGUGGACCCAGACACGGUGGUUCUAAUGGCAGCCCGAGCAUCGAGAACGGAAAACCAAGAUGCCAUUGAUGCUGCUAUAGUAGGGAUGCUGGCUGAUCCGAAGGAGGCUCGGGCAGGUAUUCAAGAAGUUCACUUCCUUCCAUUCAAUCCUACUGAUAAGAGAACUGCAUUGACUUACAUUGAUGGUCAAGGGAAGAUGCAUAGAGUGAGCAAAGGUGCACCUGAACAGAUCCUAAACCUUGCACACAACAAGUCCGAGAUUGAGCGCAGAGUGCAUGCUGUAAUUGAUAAAUUUGCUGAGCGUGGGUUAAGAUCUCUUGCUGUCGCAUAUCAGGAAGUUCCUGAAGGAAGGAAAGAAAGUCCUGGAGGUCCAUGGCAGUUCAUUGGCCUCAUGCCCCUUUUUGACCCACCGAGGCAUGACAGUGCAGAGACUAUAAGGAGAGCUUUGAAUCUCGGUGUGAACGUUAAAAUGAUUACUGGGGAUCAACUGGCGAUAGGAAAGGAAACUGGACGCAGAUUGGGAAUGGGAACCAACAUGUAUCCCUCUUCUGCUUUACUGGGACAGGACAAGGACGAGUCAAUUGCUGCACUACCGAUUGAUGAGUUGAUUGAGAAGGCAGAUGGCUUUGCUGGCGUCUUCCCUGAGCACAAGUAUGAGAUCGUGAAACGGCUGCAAGCAAGGAAACACAUAUGUGGAAUGACUGGAGAUGGAGUUAACGAUGCUCCCGCUCUUAAGAAGGCCGACAUUGGAAUUGCUGUAGCUGAUGCAACUGAUGCAGCUCGUAGUGCUUCUGAUAUUGUGCUAACAGAACCUGGCCUUAGUGUCAUCAUCAGUGCUGUUCUUACCAGUCGCGCGAUUUUCCAGAGAAUGAAGAAUUACACUAUUUAUGCUGUUUCCAUCACGAUCCGUAUUGUGCUCGGUUUCAUGUUGCUUGCCCUGAUAUGGAAGUUCGACUUCCCACCUUUUAUGGUGCUGAUCAUAGCUAUCCUUAAUGACGGAACUAUUAUGACAAUUUCAAAGGAUCGGGUCAAACCGUCUCCUUUACCGGACAGCUGGAAGCUAGCAGAAAUCUUUACCACUGGCAUUGUUCUUGGGAGUUACCUAGCAAUGAUGACUGUCAUAUUCUUCUGGGCUGCGUACAAAACAGAUUUCUUCCCAAGAAUAUUUGGAGUGCCCACUCUGGAGAAGACAGCUCAUGAUGACUUCAGAAAGCUUGCCUCUGCGAUAUACCUGCAAGUUAGUACGAUUAGUCAGGCCCUUAUUUUUGUGACUCGGUCUCGUGGUUGGUCUUAUGUGGAGCGUCCUGGGUUGCUGCUCGUGGCGGCUUUUUUGAUCGCUCAACUGGUUGCGACCCUUAUCGCUGUUUAUGCCAAUUGGGCCUUCUCCGCAAUUGAAGGAAUUGGGUGGGGAUGGGCUGGUGUCAUAUGGCUUUAUAACAUCAUCUUCUACAUUCCUCUCGAUAUCAUAAAGUUCAUCAUCCGUUACGCCUUGAGUGGAAGGGCUUGGGAUCUUGUUAUCGAGCAAAGGAUUGCAUUUACGAGACAAAAGGACUUCGGGAAGGAACAGCGUGAGCUUCAAUGGGCGCAUGCACAGAGGACUCUUCACGGGUUGCAGCCUCCCGACACGAAGAUGUUCACUGAGCGAAACCGCUUCACAGAGCUCAAUCACAUUGCGGAAGAAGCUAAGAGGAGAGCUGAAAUUGCCAGGUUGAGAGAGCUUCACACACUGAAAGGUCAUGUGGAGUCAGUGGUGAGACUGAAGGGCUUGGAUAUUGAGACGAUUCAGCAGGCUUACACCGUCUGAUCCAAAAAGAAAAUCUCUCCUCUACUCUGUUGUCUUCUCUCUCCUACCCUUGCAUAGAACUGCUGAGAGUAAUGACAUUUUGUACUUGGCUUGUGGUAAAAGAACAACUAAUACAUCGAUUUCUCUCUUAUGUUAAUUAUCAAAUCGAGAAAAUCCAAGUUGAUGCUCUUCUA